CUUUCUCCAAACGCUCGACUUCGAAAUUGUUAUGAACCAAAGCAGCUAGAGCGAAUCUCCUGGGGAUACAGUAACAACAUGCACAUCGAAUCAUUGACCAUUCAAGGUUUCAAAUCAUACCGAGAUGCCACUUCAGUCGAGCACUUCUCCCCCGGAGUCAACGUCGUUGUUGGCCGCAAUGGAUCAGGAAAAUCGAAUUUCUUCUCUGCCAUCCGAUUUCUCCUUAACGAUCAAUACGGUUCACUGACCCGGGAAGAUAGACAAAGCCUCUUACACGAGGGCUCAGAUAACAAUUCUACUUUCUCAGCUUUCGUCGAGGCUGUAUUUGAUAACUCAGACCAACGAUUCCCGACUGGAAAGAGUCAAGUUAUCAUCAGGCGAACCAUAGGCUCUAAAAAGGAUGAAUAUUCCCUCGACAAGAAAUCGACCCCCAAGGGCGAGAUCAUGUCUCUCUUGGAAUCCGCAGGCUUCAGUAAAAGUAACCCCUAUUACAUAGUGCCACAAGGACGAAUCACGCAUCUAACCAAUAUCAAGGACGCAGACCGGCUCAACCUCCUCAAAGAAGUUGCUGGAACUCAGGUGUACGAAGAACGUCGUUCGGAAUCUGUCAAAAUAAUGGACGACACAUCGGCUAAAAGGGUUAAAAUCGAUGAAUUAAUGGAAUCAAUCGAAACACGCUUGAACGAACUUGAGGAGGAAAAGAAGGAACUUAAGGAGUAUGAUCAGUUGGACCGCGAAAGAAGAUGUUUACAGUACGGCAUUUACAUGCGAGAAAUGAACGAAAUCAACGAUUCUCUCGAACAUAUCGAGUCAUCACGGCGUAAAGACCUCGAAGAAGCAAAUGGACUACGUGGCCAGUCGGUUGACCGUGAGCGACAGAUCAGCAAUUAUGAAAGUCAACUAGCAACUGCAAGACAAAAAUUGGAGUCUCUCGCACAAGAUAAGCUUCAGCUGGAACAUGAACGGCGUGAAUCGAUUAAAGCUAGGACACAAGUUGAAUGCAUGCUGAAAGACUCAGAAGAUCUGAAGGAGAAGGAUCAGAGUAAAAGAUCGAAGUGGGAGGAUGAAGCCAACCGAAUGAAAAAGGAAAUCGACUCGAAAACUAAGCAGUUAGCAAUUAUCAGACCGCAGCAUGAAGCACAAGAGAAAGAAUACAAUCAAAUUGCAGAACGAUUGAGCGAACUGGAGACCAGUAUUAACUCCUUAUAUGAGAAGCAAGGCCGGUCCCACCAGUUUCGCACUCAAAAAGAGAGAGACCAACACAUACGCGCAGAGCUCAAGAAGCUAAACGAACUCGUUCGAUCGCGCGAAGAAUCAUUACAACAAGUCAUAUCGGACCAACAGCGCGUCAAGGGCAGUCUCGCUGAGAUCGAAUCUCGAACAUCAGCAGUUCGAACAACGAUUGAUGAUCAUAAGCAAUGGGUACACACAAAAACAACCGAACUCUCAAAAAUCAAGGCUGAACAUCAUCAAUUGACCGAGAAACGAAAAUCACUGUGGAAAGAAGAUACUCGAAUCUCUCAGCUGCUACAAAAUGCCACAAACGCCAAGGAGAAAGCAGUGAAAGACUUACGUGUCACAAUGGAUCGUAACUCGUCGCAAGGAUUAGACAUGGUGCAGCUGCUUAUGGCCCGAGGCGAUGUGCCUGGAAUCUACGGCCCGCUCUAUAGCCUUUUUGAGGUUGAUGAAGCCCAUAAAACGGCUGCCGAAGCAACGGCUGGCAAUGCCCUAUUCCACGUUGUGGUCGAUAACGACGGGACCGCCCAACGAGCUCUCGAAAUCCUGGCAAAAGAAAAAAAAGGACGUUGCACUUUUGUUCCCUUGAAUCGACUUAAGCCUAAGAAUGUUCAAUAUCCGUCAGAUAAUGAUGCGAUACCACUGAUACACAAACUGCAUUACGAUCAAAAGUAUCAAUUGGCUUUUGAACAAGUGUUUGCCAAGACCAUCGUGUGUCGCAGUCUCGAGGUUGCCGGUGCCUACAUGCGAUCUCAUAAUCUCAACGGAAUCACCUCAGAUGGCGAUAAAGUGGAUAAGAAGGGUAGCAUUUCUGGCGGUUACCACGAAACCCGUAGGUCAAGGUUAGAAUCUGCCAAAGAGAUCAAAGUCUGGAGUCAGAAGUGCGAUGAAGAAUCCGUGAGGUCUCGAGAAGUGAAAACGUUGAUACGUCAAUUGGAUCAACAAAUUACUCAGCUCAUGGGCCAAAUCAAACAUCUAGAGGGCGAGUUCGAGCGCAAGCAAAAUGAAAGAGCACCCCUUGCAGCUGAACUAUCUUCACUUCAAGAUAACAGUGAGGCUUUGAAGAUCCGACUGCAAAAGUUUGAUCGACUACGGCAAGGUCAAGAAUUCGAUGUUAAAAACUUGACAACUCAGAUCAAUCUUCUUGAAGCAGAGAUGAGCAGUAAAAUGCGGAGUGAACUGAGUGAUGACGAACUCGAGAGACUAAAUUCGGCGACAACUGAGAUGGAUUCCCUCAAAUUGAAGAUGUUGGAUGUCAAUAAGCGCAAAGUGGAGUUAACCAAUCAAAAAAACAUGAUCGAAAUAGAGCUCAAAGAAAGGCUGGGACGUAGGCUAGAAGAAAUCAAUAAGAAAAUUGAAAGGAUUGGCGACGAUUCAACCCUAUCACAACCCAGCUCGAAUGAGCUUGAAUUGGGUCAAAACGAGUUGUCAACCUUAACGCGCUCCAUCGACGAAAGUAACACUCAGUUGACAAACAUUUCCAACGAGAUGGAAGCUCUGACUACCAGUAUCCAACGAAAUGAGUCUAAAAUCGAAAAGCUGCAAGCUGAACAAGCCGAUGAUGCUCGAGAGGCCUCAAAACAAAGCAAGAACGUCGAGCGAUAUUGGUCUAAGAAACUCCUCCUGCAACAGCGGCGCGAUGAAUGUAACAACAACAUCCGAAGCUUGGGGGUUCUCCCAGAAGAAGCAUUUGAAAAGUACAUCAGACACCGUACAGAAAAGUUACUCAGAUCCUUACAAAAAGUCACAGAAUCUCUCAAGAAAUACUCGCAUGUCAACAAAAAGGCCAUUGAACAGUAUCAAAAUUUCACGGACGAGCGUGAUACACUUAUUGGACGGCGUGAAGAGUUGGAGAAAUCGGCGGAAUCGAUUACUGACUUGAUCGAAGUUCUCGAUAGGAGAAAGGAUGAAGCGAUCGAACGAACCUUCAAACAAGUGUCGAAAAACUUCUCGGAGGUCUUUGAGAAAUUAGUCCCCCUCGGUCGAGGUAGGUUGAUUAUGCAGAAGCGAUUAAAUGAUGAACAACGUGACGAAGACAGCAGUGAAGAUGACGGUGAUCAGCAAGCCGGAUUGAUAAGUCAAUACACUGGUGUCUCCAUAAAGGUAUCAUUCAAUUCUAAAUCCGAUGAGGGAUUACGGAUCCAACAGCUUUCGGGCGGGCAAAAGUCAUUGGUAGCAUUGGCCACGAUCUUUGCCAUCCAGAAGUGUGAUCCAGCGCCGUUUUACUUGUUUGAUGAAAUUGAUGCGAACUUGGACCCAGACAGGCGAACGUCUGUCGCAGCUAUGAUCGGCGAGCUAGGCAAAGAAGCUCAGAUGAUCUGCACGACUUUCCGGCCGGAGAUGUUGGAACAUGCCGAUCAGUUCUGGGGUGUUAUUUUCAACCAACGCAAGAUCAGUACCAUCAAGCAAAUCGAAAAAACACAUGCCAAGCAAUUCGUCGAGUCAAAUGAACGCGCUCCUCCUACGGUCACUUGAGCCAGCGGUUUGUCUUCGUUGCGGAUAUCCCAUCCAUCCCAAUUUUGCUCUAAUAAUCACUACCAACCCGUCCAAUCUCAUUGUCGGCGACUCCGGCGUCGUUUUGGAUUACUUAUAGUAUACCAUGCUUUGACCAUCAAUUUCCUUUUGUUCAGUGUUGUAGAUCUUAUCCAUGCUGGUCCUGUAGCCCAAAACGUAAGCAACGAUGUCAAUCCAAGCUGCAGUUUAGUUGGCAGAGUAUUCCAUUCCAUUGUAAACUUAGAAUCGCAUUAUCAAUUCCCUCUCAAUUCCCAAUAGUGGGGUCUACAGACUGGAAUAAAACCGUAUCCUGUUGCUCGUUGAUCUGGCAGCAGCCACCAUAUUCUCUUCCCGAAAUUUGUGGUGGCUACAUAAGUAUGUCUUACAAUCAACACAAACUACUUUGAUUCAGCUAAAAGAGCCUGCACCACACACCAUGUGCAACCUUGCCCAAACCUCG